AUGAAAAUUUUCUCUUGUCUGUCUUGUCCCCCUUUCUCUUCAAAAACCAAAUUAUCGUCAUCACCAUUCCAUGCUAUUCAAGGGAAUCUCGAACGUGAAUCAGAUAAAGCUGAUGGCAGGAAAAAUCCUGAGCUUGCGAAGUGCAGAAUAGAGCAAGAGCUAAAACAUGGGUUAAAGAACCCUCCCUUCAACUGUUCAUUUGGGCCUAUUGGAGACAACAUAUUCCAAUGGGAAGGAGCCAUUAUGGGGCCUUCUGAUACACCAUUUGAAGAUGGUAUCUUCCUUCUUUCCAUCAAUUUUACUGCAGAUUACCCUCUUGUGCCUCCCAAGAUCAAGUUCAAAACUAAGGUUUUUCAUCCGAACAUAACUGAAGAUGGGACCAUUUAUAUGGACAUUCUUGGACCUCUAUAUUGGGCACCUGCACUAACCAUUGAGAAAGUGUUGCUGUCCAUUUGCUCAUUGCUUCCAGACCCAAAUCCUGAAGAUCCAUUGAAUCCUGUCUGCAAGCUUUACAGAACUAACAGAAAGGCUUACAACCAGAAAGCAAGAAAAUGGACUAAGAUGUAUGCUAUGGGCUGA